AUGGACACGAUAUUCUUCGAGCGCCAGCAAGCGGCUUUAUGUGCGCAACACGCCCUCAACAUGCUUCUUCAAGGCGACUACUUUUCAGCCACCGACUUAGCGGAGAUCGCCCGACGAUUGGACCAAGAAGAAAACGUUGUACUCGACUCAAGCUCCCGGAAUUUGAAAAGUGUCAACAUGGACGAUUCGGGGUAUUUUUCGGUUCAAGUUCUCUCCGAAGCGGUGAAGGCGUUUUCCCUCGAUCUCGUCAGCAUCACGCACCCAUCAGUGGCAGAUGUUCGCAAGGAUCCAUUGAAAGAAAAAGCCUUCAUCUGCAAUCAAUCCGAGCACUGGUUCACGUUGCGCAAAUUCGGCGAUCAAUGGUUUGUGCUCAACUCUGUGAAAGCCGGCCCCGAGCUGAUCAGCGACACGUAUAUGGGAAUGUAUUUGUAUCAACUUGAGCAAGCAGGAUAUUCGAUUUUCAUCGUUCGCGGCCUCUUGCCGGAAUGUGAAGCCGAUCAAGUAAUUUCGAUGUGUCCAGUUCAACAACAAGCACUUCCACCGAAACAAGCAGCAGCAAAAGCUGGUGUGAUGGGUGGAAUUGGUCGACGUCUUGGCUCAAUCGUUGAAGAUCUAUCAAAAAAACAAAUGAUACGAAUCAACCAUCAAAUUCACGCGCCAAUGAGGACGAGGAAGAACUUCUCGAGCGAGCCAUUCAACUCUCCAAACAAUGUCACAAUCCCGACGAGACGCCGAUCAUGUUUCCCUCAGCUUCAGGAUCGCCAAGCUCUGAGGCUGAAAAGCCUUGACCCAUCUCAAAACGUCAAAGUUAGGAAUAUACCAAUUCAGUUGAUCGACUCGGAAAGCGACAUUAAAGCAAAACGAGAGGCCUUUCUCAACAAUAUGAAA